AAUGCAUGUGUUUAUAUACUUUUUUCCAAUGACGUCUCUCUGGCUUUCCAAUGUUCUCUGUGUGGCUGAGGAGCUGUCCCAAGCCAUGGAUCUACUUACCUGCCAAAGCCAAGCUUUAAAUUACAAGAUGUCUCCCCUGAAACAUUGUCUACCUCUGCCAACUGCCUACCCUCCUUCCUACGACCUCCAGCACCUACUGAGAGUGAAACUGUUCCCACUACCCUCACAAAAAAGCUAGUUUCUUUUUAAGAGUUUAUAAAUGUACAUUUCCUUUACACCCUGGGAGAUCAUAUAAUAUGAAACACGCGCGCGCACACACACACCAGGUAACAAACAUUACAGGACCAGUUUGACCAGAAGAUUGGAAGACACACAUGCCUCUUUUCCACCCACACAGAGCUGCUGAGGAUCCAGUUCUCUCACAUACUUCAAAAGCCUUAAGAAGAGAUAGAAGAGAUUAUUAUCCAGCAUUAGUAUCUGAAUCUGGAAUCAUUUCUAUGGAAACUAGACUUUCAGCUUAAUUUAAACCUUAAAUGUAAUCUCAGGUAGUCAGGUUUAAACUCAGGUUCAGUUAUUCACUGAAAGUACCAACAGACUCAGACAUUUAGAACAAACUAAGAUCAUCGGUGCUGGAGGAAAUGUCUGCUGUGGCUGCAUCACUCUGCUCAACUUUGCUGUUAUUCAGCCUCUGCAUGUUUACCUCUGCAGACCGGAAAAUCAUCACAGCUGAGUCUGGACAGGAUGUCACUCUAAUAUGUCGAGCUCCAAACAACAACAUCAUAGAAGCUGUUAAGUGGACCAGACCAGGCCUGGAGACAGGAAAUGUCCUUUUGUACCCCGAUGAUUACUUUGAUUCAUCCAACCAGCAUCCAUCUUUUAAGAACCGGGUGGAUCUGCAGGACAAACAGAUGAAGGAUGGAGACGUGUCUUUGAUUCUGAAGAAUGUGACGAUUAAUGAUUCUGCAACAUACGAGUGUCGUGUCUUCAUGGAAGAAACACGCUCAUGGGAGCUCAUCAGGAUCAUCCACCUGAGAGUUGUUCCUCCAGGUCAGCCAAGAGGAGUCACAGAGGAUGGAGGGAAGAAGGAUGGAAGGAAGAAGGAUGAAUCUGUUGGACUAAUAAAUCUACUUUUCCUGGUAGUUUCUGCUGUGCCCGUUGUUGUUAGUGGUAGUAUUACUGUAGUUGUUGGUGUUAUUUUUCUUCCUGUUUUUAUGAUGUGCAAAUAUUGUAAUGACAAGGGUUCAUACAAGGUACCUGAACGUGAUUACAUCUAGUGAUCAACUAUCCUACAUUCAUCAGCAGAUGAAUUUAGAUGUCAGACAUUCAGAAAACACAAACACUGUAUGUGAUGAUCUGGGUUUAGAUGAAGUUCUGUGGCUUAUAUAUGAUCAAUAAUGUGCCUGAUAAUGUUCAGGAUCUAUUGAUCAGCUAUGACUGGAUGACAUUUGGCACAGUUUGGGAAUUAUAAGGGUCGUAUAAAGAAUUGUAUAAAAUGCUUCAAAGCAGAGUUGUUGUUGUUUUUUUUUAUCUUGAUCUAAACUAUGACUCUUUCCUCCUCGAGUGCAGCAACUCUGUGUGACAAUCCCCUCUUUAGGUGAAGGGUUUUUUUUCUUUUUUAAUUAACAAGUUUGCAUAAUCAUUUAAGUCAGUUCAGUUUAUCAAAGGUUGAAUCUUAUAGAGUGUUUAAAGUGUUUUAUGAAAGUAAAGAUCCAUGUAGUUGUACACUGACACGUUUCUCUCCUUCUGAUCUCUCGAUAACCUCUUAUCUAACCUUUGUUACAAGAAAGCUAUAUAAUAUAAAUUCUGUGACAUUCUUCAUCAUGUGCAGCAUUGCUUAAACUUUUUCCAUUUUUAAUUCUUUUUCAAUAAAUAUUUACAUGUAAACCAAAUGAACGUCCUUUUUUGUGCAUGUUUUUGUGAUGUACUAUGAUUUGAAAGCUUUUAUUUAUUUAUUUUAAAUGAGAAAGUGAAGUGUAUCAGAGAUCUUUGUGAACUUUUCCUGGUAAUAACCUUGUA